CUUUAGUGGAAUAGAAAACGGGUUACCCAAGUUAAACGUGUGGCGCCCAUCUUCCCAAAUCCGUUCAUUUUCCAUUGAAAAUCUGUCCUUUUUUCUUCAAUCCGCUGCGCCCAAGUGUGUUAUGCAUAUGAGAUCAGGCGGCCUUUAAGCUGUUUGGACAGCAGAUAGAGAUAUCUUUCUGCAAAAUUGUGGCGUCGAUUUCAUACAAGCGUGAAUAACAACAAGAACAAGUUAGUUAGUUACACUAUGGGAGCUCUUCAGGCACCGGUUUCUUUCAACCAUCUUGGCUUUGGCAUUUCAUCCACCGUGUCUACUCCCCGCAGUUGGCUUUCUUUCACCCGACGCCGCCAUGUCGUGUUCGCCGCAGCUGAACCGUCUGAGCAAUCUGUUGAAGUAAUGAGGAAGUUUUCGGAGCAGUAUGCUAGGAGGUCUGAAACCUACUUCUGUGUGGACAAAGGGGUCACUGCUGUUGUUAUUAAGGGACUGGCUGAGCACAAGGACUCACUAGGCGCUCCGCUCUGUCCUUGCAGGCACUACGAUGAUAAAGCUGCAGAAGUGCAGCAGGGCUUCUGGAACUGCCCUUGUGUACCUAUGAGAGAGAGGAAGGAGUGCCAUUGCAUGCUUUUUCUUACACAUGACAAUGAUUUUGCUGGGAAAGAGCAGACCAUUUCUAUGGAGGAGAUCAAAGAAACAACGGCAAAUUUGUGAUGAUAUAUUGUCAUUUCGUCAUAUUUGUAGUGUGAUUUUACCAAUCAACUACUCAAAUCACCAAACAGUGAGGGUGACUGGGUGAGGUUUGAGAGGUGGGAGGAUAUAAAUUCUGUACUAUAACUUCAUCAAAGAUCCACUCUUUAUGAUUCUCUUCCAUGAGCUUGAUGUUUAUACAAAUAUCUGUUAUAGGAGAAUUAAUAAUAUAGGGGCUCGAGACCGGCCUGCGGCCUGUUGUAUUCCUGUUUCGGCACCUUCCCUCCCCCCUUCCCCAAAUCAUUAAUUAAGGAUAUGUUUGGGAGUUUGGAGGGAAGAGGAGGGAAAGACUUUUGAGGUACUCCCUCUAUCUCGGUAAGAUUGUCUCAUUUUACCUUUGCGGUUCAUCCCACUAAGAUUGUUUGUAUCAAAUUUGGUAAAGUUUGUUUUGCUCUAAAUCAUUUUUACUUUUUAUUGUUACUUUAUCAAUUCAAUAUCAAUACCAUAAAC